AUGUCCAGCUCCUUCGAGAAGUCGGUCAAGGGCGGCACCAAGGUCAAACUCGCCCCGCCCAAGUCGAAAUAUGUCGAGCACAUCCUGCUGGCCACCCAGUCCGGCGAGGCCGGCGUCGCUGAGGUCUUCCGCACCCUCACCCACCGCCUGCGCGAUUCCACCUGGACCGUCGCCUUCAAGGCCCUGAUCAUCGUGCACCUGAUGAUCAAGGAGGGCGUACAGGACGUCACCCUGCGCUACCUCGCCGUCGCGCCCCGCAACCGCCUCGCCAUCAACAGCUUCACCGACGUGCAGACCCAGGGUCAGAACAUAAGAGUCUACUCCGAGUAUCUGCUCGCGCGUGCGCAGGCGUUCGAGAAGUCCAAGUUCGAUCAUGUACGAGGAGGAGAGCGGCGCAUGAAGGGGCUGACGGUGGACAAGGGAUUGCUGCGGGAGACGGAAAUCGUGCAAGAUCAGGUCAAGUCGCUGGUCAAGUGCGAUUUGCUGCAGAAUGAUGUGGAGAAUGAGAUAUCGUUGACGGCAUUUCGCUUGCUCACGAGGGAUCUGCUGGAUCUGUACAACGUGAUGAACGAGGCGGUGAUGAACGUGCUGAGCCAUUACUUUGAGAUGUCGCGGCCUGAUGCGGAACGCGCCAUCCGGAUCUACAAGACGUUCUGCAAGCAGACGGACCAAGUGGUGCAAUACCUCAGUAUCGCGCGGCAGUAUGAAUACGCGACGAGAUUGGAGAUACCGAAGCUGAAACAUGCGCCGACGAGCUUGGCGGCGUCGUUGCAAGAGUACUUGGAUGACAAGGAUUUCGAGGUGAAUCGGAGGCAAUAUUUGGCAGAGCAGGACUCCAGGAAGGACGGGAAGCCGUUUUCGAAACCAUCGCAACCUGCACCGCAACCAACAGCCACGAAGAUGUCCACUCCAUUCGAUGAGAAGCCGGACUCGAAACCGCCGCAGAUCAAGGGCCCUGCGCCGGAUUUGAUCGACUUCUUCGCAUCGAUUGAGCAGAACCAGGCUACGAUGCAGACGAAUCCAUUCUUACAACAGCAACAGCAGCAACCGCAGCCACCACCGACUUUUCAACAACCUCAGCAGACUGCGGCAUAUCAGCAGCCAUUUCAGCAACAACCGACGAAUGGAUACGGGAACGGCGUGUCAACUAAUCCUUACGAACAGCAGCAGCAAUUCCAGCAACAGACGCAAACUCAGCCGCUGCAGACACAGUUCACUGGAGCUGGAUUUGGAGGUUAUGGACCGCAGCCGACGCAGCAGCAGCAGCAGCCCUUCGCCACUGGGAAUACGUUUGGUCAAGAGCAAGUGGCAAGUCCAGCACAGGUCCAGUCACCGGCUCAGAUACAACCGCAAUCUACGAAUCCAUUCCGUCAGUCGAUGAUGGCUUCUGGAACAGGUGGUGGAUUUGCAGGUUUCGCUCAGCAACAACAGCAGCAACAGCAGCAACCCCAACGACAAGGAAGCAAUCCUUUCUCGAGGAGUACGAUGCCGCCAUCAAUACCCGAGGAUGGCCCGGCGCCAGCCCUCCAACAACAACAGACGAAUUCUCCUUUUGCCUCGCAACCAAACUUCCAAGCCCAGCCGCUACAAUCUCAAGUCACUGGCACGAACCCCUUUGCGCGCAAUCAGCCUUCACAACAACAAUCGACAACACCCGUCUCGCCUCCGAACGCAUUACAAGUGCAGCCCACAGGAAGCACAAACCCAUUCCGGCAAUCCAUGUUCAUGAACCAACAAACCGGUCAGGGAUGGCAAAACUCCCAACAAGCCACCAUGGGCGGGCUCGAGAACCUCCAAACAGUGCCUGUCUUCCCCCGACCUGGGCAGAUGACCGGCCAACAACAAACCGCACAACAAAAUCCGUCGCCUUGGGGAUGA